CCCACUUAGCCGCUUCUCGUAUUUAGUGCAUCUGUUCCCCCAAUUAACGCUUUCAUUUGCGAAACCCUAAUCAGACAAAUCUCAACUUUGGAAGGAAUUGAGGAACAGAAGAAGCUUCUGGAUCUUGUGCAAUGGCGGAGCACCUUGCGUCCAUAUUCGGAACGGAGAAGGAUCGGGUGAACUGCCCUUUCUACUUCAAGAUCGGCGCGUGCAGACACGGGGACCGCUGCUCGCGCCUCCACACGAAGCCAAGUAUUAGCCCCACCCUCUUGCUCUCCAACAUGUACCAGCGCCCGGACAUGAUUACACCCGGCGUCGACGCUCAGGGCCAACCUAUCGAUCCAAAAAAGAUGCAGGAGCACUUCGAGGAUUUUUAUGAAGAUCUGUUUGAGGAACUGAACAAGUAUGGUGAGAUUGAAAGCCUUAAUAUCUGCGACAAUCUGGCAGAUCAUAUGGUUGGCAAUGUCUAUGUGCAGUUCAGAGAGGAAGAGCAUGCCGCAAAUGCUCUGAAGAAUCUGACCGGAAGAUUUUAUGCAGGACGACCCAUCAUUGUCGACUUCUCUCCGGUGACGGAUUUCCGUGAGGCCACCUGUCGGCAAUACGAGGAGGAUGCCUGCAACCGUGGUGGGUACUGUAACUUCAUGCAUCUGAAAAGAAUUAGCAGAGAGUUGAGGCGCCAAUUGUUCGGGAGGUACAGGAGAAGGCAUAGCCGGAGCAGAAGCAGAAGCAGAAGUCCCUAUAGGCACAAAAGCUAUGAAGAGCGGUCACACAGCAGCCGGGGUCAUGGCAGAAGGCACGAUGAUCGGGACUAUCAUGAGAGUCGGAGCAGGAGGCACAGGAGCACGAGCCCGAGCCGGAGAAGGGGAAGGAGCCGGAGCCCAGGAGGAAGAAGGAACCGUAGUCCGGUCAGGGAGGGAAGUGAAGAGAGACGAGCUAAAAUUGAGCAGUGGAACAGGGAGAAGGAGGAAGCCGAACGUGCAAGCAAAGUUGAGGUUGACGGUGGUCGUGAUGAUGAGCAUGCUGAGCAGAAUGGCUAUGGGUAUUAGUGAUUUUCUAGCAACGGUAUGUAGAGGUUCCAGCAGGAGAGGGUUUCAAACAGUUUGGUUCUGGCUGAUAUUUGCUUGCAGGAUGUUGAAGAUGUGCGAAUUCUGAUAUGUUAAUUAGUUUUGCUUCUUAUGCCUAGUAGGAAAUGCAGGUUUCUUGAGCUUUGUAGUUGUCGUUGGGCUUUCAUCCCGGGACUGUUUUUAAGUUUUAUGUGGGUACUCUGAGAAACUAUGCAUGCUGUCUUGUUAUAGAACUGGUGCAAUCACUACUGUAUCAUCUAAUUUGAGAUAUGUAUUUCUGUCUUCCAUGUUUGUAUGUUCCCUGCCUUUUCGGUCUCGUUAUAGUCAAUAACCAUUUUAGAGUCUCCAUUGCAUCGUGAUAGUAACAUUUCUGUAGGGGUGUUGUCUGAGCCGAGCCGUUUGUGUAUGGGCUUUUGCUCAUUUGAUAAAACGAACAAAAAGCUUAGGUUGAGCUUGAUUCUUUUCUAGUAAUCGAACGAACCGAGAAUGAGCUUUGAGC